UGAAUAACAAUUCGCAUCACGGUAAAAACAACUUUUUAUGCAAUAUUAACUUAGAACUCGAACUUUUAGCACUACCCGCUACGCUAUUCGACAUGGCCACUAAACUUUUCGGGGUCUUCGUGUAUUCAUUACUAGUUAAAUUAAGUGGAUUAAAUUUAGUGAACAUUGUUUUGUCAUUUCUUUCAAUUAGUCAGUUUGUGUUCGUAAAAAGUCGAAUGAAAAGAUAGGUUACAUCAGGAUGCCUUGGAAGAGGCCGGAGAGCGUCCCCCUGGGACAAGUGUGGAGCAGGUUUAAAGGGAGAGAGAGGGAAGGAAGACCUACACACAUGUAUCAAAUCCGCGACAUGGACGCUUCUAUUGCAAAAAAGUGUUUGGACUUCAUGCAGGAGGUAUUCCUGAGGGAUGAGCCACUGUGCAAAAUAUUAAAUAUAAACGAUGACCCGGUCUCAAUAGCCACGAUCAGGGCGAACUGGGAGACAUACGUGUCGCAGAACGUGAGCCUGGCUUGCUUCACUGAGGUGGAUGGACAGCCGGACGAGCUGGUCGGCUUCAAUAUAAUCGUCAUCAAGAGCUUGGAUGAUGAGGACGAAGAUCUUGAUCAGGUGCAAGGAGAGUCGUGGAAGAAACUCCUCAAGACACUGAUCACGGCGGAGAGCCUGGUGGACGUGUUCAAACACUACGGAGUGGACAAAUUCCUGACGUCGAGCGGCCUGACGGUAUUGCCUAACCACCGCGGGCAGAACAUCGGCGCCAGGCUGUUUGCUGCUAGGGAGCCUCUCUGUAACGCUCUGGGCAUUGAAGCGACGGCGACAGUGUUCACAGCGUUAGAGUCGCAAGCCCUCGCCGCCAAGUGUGGAUACGAGGUUCUCGCAGAGCUGGAGUACAAGGACAUGAUGAAGUACGGCAUAGACCUUACGGGCUGUCUCACCCCAGUCGCAAAGCUCAUGGGGACCAAGUUUAAAAAAAAUUAAAUCCGGCUCGAAGGACCAACAUUUAGGCAGUCGUGUAUAUAAUAUUUUUAGAUUUUAAAGUAGCGAAGAAUGUUUUGAUACUUAAGGUGCGUCGUGAUCCCCAUAACUUGCCUUGAAUUCUUUAAUAUCAACUGUUUAGUGACAGACGUCUUCCAUUUACGUAACUAUGGUGCAUUUUGAUCACAAAGUAUAGUUUAAGACAUAAAAGUAGUGACAAGUGUAAUUAAGGUUGGUACGACUUCUCGUACUCCGAGCUUUAAAGCUAUAAGGAACUAGUACUAAGUCGUAUGGUAAGUACUAAGUUUCACAAUGUGUAAGGAAUCAGCCAGUUAAUGAUUUU